AUUUUAUUGACUAUGAAUUUUUCUAUCUAUAUUUUAAUCAAAAAUACAUUUCAAAAAGAAACUAUUGGAAAAUCUAAGCUAUAAAAUUAAGGAACAUAAAAUAUACGUUAUAUUAUUGCUUUAAAAUCAAGCUUUUUAUGCUUUAUUGUUACAUCUAGUGGUGAACGUACAAAUGUGUGGCUGAAAAAACAAGAACAUUUAAAAAACGUGUCACGUCUCCUCAUACAGGAACAUAAAUGUUGUUAGGACAAUGUGCAAAAAAAAUUCUUAUUUUGUCGCACCUUCAUGCAUCACAAUUGAUUUUUUAUCUCAAAAUAUUUUUAUUUUCAAUCAGUAAUUUAAUCCCGAGGUUUGCUUCGAGGCGUCAUAGGUCUUCUUAAAAAGUAUAAAUGGAAUUUUAAAAUAAAUUCUUUAUGUUACAGCUAGCAGUAAAAUCUGGAACAAAUCCUGGCUUGUUAAGUAAACCAGAUUCUAAAACAAUAUUAAAUGACUACAUUGGUCCUCCAGAUAAAUAUUCAAACUUGAGACCGAUCGUAAGAGCAGAAAAAAAUAAUGAAACAAAUUUAGAAAAACAAUUAAGAGAAAAGCAAAUUGAAGUUGAAGAAUGGAAUCAAGAAUUUUGGUCACGUCACAACAAACGUUUUUAUGAAGAGAAAGAUAUUUUCAUAAAAACUCAUAAAAUAGCUGGUGUAGAUGAAAUUCCAGCGGAUAAAAUGAGUGAAUUUUACAAAGCUUUCCUUGAUAAAAAUAAGAAAUUACACUAUUAUUAUAAUUUAUCAUGGUACAUGAAAAAUUUUGAUCUUUUAAUUAUGUCAGCUCAAGUAAAGAUAUCAAGGUUUUUCAAAAUGUUUAAGAAAAAAGAAUAAAAAAGUAAAUUCUUAUAAGCAUUUAUACAAAUACCUAUGAAUUAAUAAAUAGAGUUUGAAGAAU